AUGGGGACACAUCUUCCCAACAAAAUAUUGCAUCAUUUGCAGGACUCAGAAGCCUCUUUGGUCCCUUGCACUCGAGUAUGCCGUGAAUGGCAGGUCGCCUUUGAGCCCUUUAUUUACUCCCAACCAAUCCACGUGAUUAGUGACGAUGGUGUCAGCAAAGAUGACAGUAAGAGGUCAAUGUCGUUGAGUCACUUUCAGAACGUGACCUCUGGGAAAGGGCUGGCCCGGCGAGCCCUGAUCCAAUAUUUGAGCUAUCAUAUUGUGGUUCCUCUUGACCUCCCGGAUUGGCAAACUCGCAAGGAGAAAGGAUACAACCUCGAGAACAAUAUCCGUCAUGAUAAUGACCUUGCAUUUCAGUCCGGAAUAUUGGAUCUCUUCAAUACUUUCAAACAUUGGGAUUCCAAUUUGCGCCUUUCGGUUGAGUUGGCGCUGCUGGGUCGCGAAGCCGGAAAGGAGCCUCACACAUAUGAUUGGGACACCGCAGGCGAAUACCGCUAUUAUUAUAAGAAGGGAAGAACGAAGUCAGUUCCUGUCUAUCGUGCACAAUUCCUAGACAACGGGGCUUCCCUUCUCCCAGAUGUCGCGUGCAUUGGCCGUCUUUGCUUGAAUGAUGGUCCCCCUUUUCAUCAAAUUUGGGCCGGAUCAGCCAUGCAAAUUGCUCAGCGCUGUAGUACCCUUACUGAGAUGAUACUAGAUAUCGAUGAGUAUAUCCGCCCAGAUCACAUUGAAUACAUUCAAGCAAGGCGUCAAGCUUUGGCCGACGUGCCCCGUUUGAGGCCCCAUACGUCGUCUGGAAAGGCAGAGUGGCAGCUUUAUUCUCUCUAUCGACCGGAUCAACGGGUAGCGGAUGCGUGGAAAUGUUCGUUAGCGGAGCUAGAUGCGAAGUUGCCUGCAAGGUUGAUUAAGACGACUAUUGAGGACUGGGAUCAACAUGUAGCUGAAUCUCAGAGCAUUGUGAAAGAUUGA